AUGGACUUCAAUCACCCCGAUUCAGAGUUAGAGUUGAGAGUUAUCGCUAACAAUGAAGAAGAAGACAUCAUGCAGGACCACGAGGUUUUUAAUGAAAUAGUUGCUCAGUGUGCUGAAGAGCGAAACGAGCGGAUUGCAAACGAAGCAGCUCAUGCCGAAGAGCGCGCUGCAACUCAAGCAGCUUAUACCGAAGAGCAUAUUGUAGCCCAUACUGAGCGUAUGGCAAUUAUAAUAGAUCGUUGUUAUGAGCGUAUCGCAAUUCAAACAGUUCAUACUGCAAUCCAAACAGAUCGUGCUAAUGAACGUACCGCAAUUCAAGCAGUUCAUACCGCAAUCCAAAUAGAUCGUGCUAAUGAACGUACCGCAAUUCAAGCAAUUCAUGCCAAUGAGUAUGCCACAGCUCGUACUGAGCGCAUGGCAAUCCUAGCAGAGCGUGCUGCAGAGCGUGAAUCUUCCUAUAAGAUAUUGCGCUUGGUUCUCUACUGCUUUUUUGCUACUGGAAUUACUCAUAUCACUAGUCUCAUGAUCAAUACGAAACUGAGGCAUAAGUCGUAUGGCACAAUGCUUCAGAGGUCCAAUCCACGCCAUAUUGGCACUAUCAAAUAA